AUGCUUGAUUAUUAUUUUUAUUACAGGUUUAAUACUCAACAUAUCAAAUAGAUUUCUAUUGACAACAACUGACAAGACACAAAGAAAUCAAAUGCUCCAAACCAAUUACAAGUGUUUACUUAUAUCUACAUCAUUUACUUGGUUAUAUUUUUGGAGUAGAGUAAUCUAAGUCAGACCAUCAACGAUUUUCAAAAAAUCAAUCAUUUAUGGCUUUAUUGUGAGCACAUUUUAAGCCAGCUACUAUGGAACACCUAAAUUAGAUAGAUUUUUAUAUAGAUAGCAACAGAAAUGA